ACAGGUCUAGUAUUACUUUAGAAUACAGUUAUAUUAUUCUUACGUUUUGGUUCUAUAUUCAUCCUCCCUCAAUUCUACAUCUCUCUUCUAAGUGGCUUACUUCUGAUUCAGUUCUAUUUGGACCAGUACUUACCUACAACCCCAUCAGGAAAAUACAGACUAAAUUCACCAUUUAGACAAUUAAUUCUUUAUAUUCUCUUGUUGGAAAUGUUGAAAUAUCUUUCAAUAUUUAAAAAUAGUGGAUAUAUGGCAAGUUGAUAUUGAAUUUGAAUAUCAUUCAAGGACAAAUAUAAUUUACUAUUUUGGACUUUUAAAAAUUUUUCCAAGUUAUAAUUGUUUUAAAAUUUCUACCAGUUGUUAGGUAAAUCCACCCUUUUAAAUAUCAAAUAUGGCAAUAAUCAAUAGCUUUUCUUAAUAUUUAUUGUUUCCGACUAAUUAAUACCUUUUCCUUUGUAACUGUCAGUAAAAGUGUUAAAACUGGUGUAAACAUGGAGGGUGUCUUAUUGGUAUCCUAGAAACCAUACUUAGUUACCAAAACAGAAGUACUACUCAACAAUGGCAUCAAAGAAAUUAUCUGACAUUUUGGAAUGUGAAAAACCUAAAUAUGAUAUCUCAGGCAAAUUAUCAAAUUUGUCAUUUAGUCCAUUUUGUAAUACGGAUCUUGAAGUAGUAAAAAAGCUGAUAAGAGAUUAAAUGGAUGAUGCAAAAAGAAUGGAAAUUUAAGAAUGGAUGGACGAAAAAUCGGAAAAUAGAAAUGAUAUUUUUCUCACAAUGAUAAUGAUAUAUAGACUUGACCACAAUAGAAGAAAAAUAAUAAUGUCUGAUUUAAAUGUUAUUGGCGAUGUACCAAAGUUAUAUAUCUUUGCACACAAAACAAUUUUAGCAAGUGAUAUUGAAAAUAUAUUUUCACCUUUAAGAGAUAUUCAAAAUUUGGUUUGGAAUGGAACAAACUGUUCAGCAGAAUUCAGCAGAAAGCAUUAUGAAGAUGGAGUUGUUGAGUUAAAUGUUAAAGCUUUAUUAACAAAUUGGAGAUUUUCAAAUAAAAAUUUUACUAAUGAAACAUAUAAUUCAUGGGACUCACAAUUCAGGCAUAUUAGUUGGUUAUUUAACAAUUUUGGAUAAUGUAUUAAGAUUUAAUCUGGAUUUAAGAGAUUCAAUAAGUGAUUUUGGAAGUAAAGAAAUAAUUUGUAAAUUAAGGGAAAAUUUAAAAGAUUCUUGGAAAACAUCUUUUGAUACUAGGUGUUUAACAAUUCUAUCAUAUCUUAUCAAAAAAGAUGAAAUUGAAAUGAUUAAGAUGAAUGGUAUAAAUACUGCAAAAAUCCAAAAUAAUUUGCAAUGUUGUUUAAAGUCUAAAAAUCAUCUUGAUAAAAACAAAUAUCCACUCAGUGACAGUCUUAUAGCAAUCAAUCAUCUAGCAGCUAAUGAUGAAAAUAAACAACUAAUGAUAAGAUAUAUUCCCUUUUUGUUGGCUAUUCUUCAAGAAGCAAUAAAUUCAUUUGAACAAGAAUCAGCUGUAGAGUGUCUCAAAACUCUUAUCUCCAAUGCAGACUGUAAAAAAUUACUACAGAAGACAGAUUCUUUGAAAAUUUUAGAAAAUCUGUCAGAAAAUGGUAUGAGUUUAACUGUUAAAACUAAAACACAAAAACUUAUGGAGGAAAUUCAUUUAAAAGAAUUGAAAAAUCAAGUGAAAGUAGCAACAAAGAGGACACAACCAUUAACAAGAGGAUAUCUAAACAGCAAGAAAAAACGCUGACUCAGAAUAGACAAGCAAGCUGUCAAUUCAUUCAAGCAACAUAUCUUUUUAAAAACAGAACUUAUGUUGUAUUCAUUUUUUUUGUUGAGAUGUAAAAAACAAAUGGGAUGUACUUUGUUAACUGUUGGGUUAGGGAUAAGGCAAACACAACAAAACGAGAUAUUUAGGGAAAUUAUGGGAACACUUAACCUGAUCCCAGUUGAUUCAAUGUCCUAUGAUUCAUACUUGGCCAGGAAAAGUUCUCGAGUUGGAACCAUGCCAAAAAACUCUGUAGCCAUUCUCUAAAUUGAUUACAAACUAAUACAAAAUUUAAAAUUUAAAAAUUUCAUUCCAUUAUUGCAUUUAAAAAUAAUGAAUAUUUAAAUUCAAUUAAGAUUUUUCAUCAGAUUUGUCAAGAUGAAUGGAACUUCCAUGGCAUAAAUAGAUAUGUGGUACUUGGAUGGUAUGUCUCAUACCAAAAGGAAACUCUCCAACUCUCUUCAACUAAUUAACUUUUGUUCCUUGCGUGAAAAAAUAAUUGCAUUUGAACAAUCUGGAAUGAGAUUAUUAAUAGAAAUUUGGAUAGGAACAAUUGUUAGGAUAGAAGAAGCAUAUAAAUCUCUAUUUGACAACACAUUACUCAAUUUUGUUGCUGUUUGCUGAUAUCAUAGAAGUUUUAUUAAAGACUUUGCAAAGAUUACGAUAUUCCUACAAAAUUUGAUGAAGGAAUAUGGUAAAAGCAUACAUUUUUUUCAUAGUACCAUAGAUAAAGAAGUCUCUCUUACUGAUAUACCUAUUACAAAAACUUUGUUCAAACAUUUGCUGAAAACAAGCAUAAUUUGAGAUUAGUAAAGUGGGUAAUGGCCCUUGUGGAUGUGGAAUUUGAGAAAAUAUUAAUUACCUGACUGAUCAUCAAGAAAUGGUGAGGGAAGAAACAAAAAUUAAUUUAGAAGAUCAACUAUAUUAAACUGGAAUAAGCAGUUUUCUUUUCAUUUAAUAAAUGCUUUGAAAGUAGAGGCUCUAUUUGAACCAGUUGUUUAACACUGUUAUUAUUUAAUAUUUUUAAUAUAAAUGUUAACCCUAUAUUAAACUGGUCUAACCAGGUUGUUUAAUGUAAAUAUUAACCCUAUACCUAUAAUCAAUCAGUAAAGAAAAAUUCUUUGAACAUUUUCACUAUGAAAGUUUCUUAUGAAAAAUCUUAACCGGGUUAUAUAAAAAAAAUCAAUAUAAAUAGGAAGUAUUUUCAACUUUAAAUAUGAAAACAUUACUUGUGGUUGUUUUUGCUCUUCUUUUAACUUGCCAUGUAUUGGCAAAGCCUUCACUUCUUGAUGAUUUGGUUGAAAGAGAUUAACUUUCAUUUGAUGAUAGUUCAUUGGAGACUUUGAAUAGAUGUAGCAGUUUAAUGCAGGAACUCACCAAAAUCUUAAAGAGAGAAAGUUAUACAGAUACGAAAUUACGUGAAACUUGCAAUAACUGUGUAAAGGCUAAGAUGACAUUGAGCUACUGUCCAACAAAGAUGAGAUUAUGUUUAGACAAGUUCAACAUUGACAUGUUGCAUGACUAAGGAAAGGAGAAUAAUCAUCCAUGAUAAUCAAAAAUAAAUAUUUGAUGUUAUGAUUAUGUUAUGCCUGACCUAUUUCUUUUCAAUAAAUUUCAAAAAAACCUUUUUGACAUAUUUCCAAUUGUGUUUAUCUGAGAUACAUUUUUAGAAAAUCGAACUACUCAAAUAGUUUUUUAAAUGAUUUUUUCAUAUAACUCAGUUAAGA